GGGAAUUUGGGCGACAACGUGCUUACAAACUCGAAGAACUGAAAUUUAGCAAACGCCCUGAGUAAAAAUUAAUAAAAGAACUUCAGGAAGACGCCAAAGAGAACGUAAGCUCAGUCAUAUUCCCAUGUUUGCAUUAAACAUAAAAAUUUAAGAUUUUGAGGUUCAGAAUGCCAAAGGACUCUUUUUUUUCUUAGCAACCACUAUACUGGAGUUCUGAAAUGGCGGUUGAUGGGAGCUUUUCGCUUGAAAAGGAGCUGGGGCGGUUUACCGACCGAUGUCCGCAGCUUAAAUCGAUUCCCUGCUUCGAUAUUUUGUUAAAGAAGGGGGACAAAGUCACAGAAGAAGAAGUGGUACGGGCGUUGGGUGAAUUAGUUUUGCACCCAAAUUACACAAUCCCGUUGCUCGGAUGCUUCAGGCCAAUAGCACACAAGGUUAUGAAGAGGACCGUGUCGUUGCUUCACUUGGUGCCAAAUUUGAGGUCGGAGGAUGAUGAUAAUUGUAUGGAAUUCGAUGAAGAUACUUUUCUUAUGGAAGAUGAAGGCGUAGAUAGUACAGAAGUAGCUAGUAUAGUUGAUGUUUAUGUCAAACGGGGGAAGGGCCUGCGUGUUCAUGAGCUUGCCUGCCUGGCUUUUUGUCGAGUGCUUGAUUUGAUUCCUUUCCUGUUGGGGGAUAUCUUAAAUUAUUUUAAAGUCGCUCCCGCUCCAUUCCAACGGAUUAUGCAGCAUCAAUCAGUUGGCGAGGCGUUAGCUAUGGGACCACAUCACUUGUUAAACGUUGUCCGGGCCUCUUAUCGUUUUCUCACUUUAGAGCCGGAAAUUUUCACUACAUUGUGGGAUUGGUCUUGUAUUUUGAACCUCAUCCAGCAGUCCGGAGAUCUAAUCACAAAUGAUGCUAGUCUAAAGAAUAUUAUGAGUGACCUGAGAUGGUGCAGCAUGGGUAUUUUAUCAGUGGUUUUGAAGCUAAGUUUUAAAGCAUCUUCAAACGUUGAACUCGACUCCAAAGAAGCUUUUCAGAGUUUUCUGCGCUGGCAAGAAUUUUGUAUGGAUGUUUCUUUGGAGAAAGGGGGUUGGUAUCUUGAGUCUUCUGUAGAAGAAGCUGAUACAAUGGUUGGAAGAAAAGGCGGCUCUUCACAGCUUAGUUCUUUAUCCCCAGGCUUGUCAUUGGCUAAUAGGACUGCCCAAUCAAAUCAGAUUGACAUGCUGGUUACAGGGAACUCUGAGAGUCACUUUGUUUUGACAUCUGCUAUGACAAAAAGUUUUGAGAUGGUCUCUUUAGCUGUAAAUCAAAGGUGGCCUGUGCUUCUAUAUGGUCCUGCUGGUUGUGGUAAAACUGUUCUUAUUAACAAAUUGGCACAUGGUUAUGGUAGCAGAGUUUUGUCCAUUCACAUGGAUGAGCAGAUAGAUGGGAAAACACUGCUUGGAAGUUAUGUUUGUGCGGAGCAACCUGGUGAAUUCAGAUGGCAGCCUGGUUCUCUUACUCAGGCUGUUCUGAAUGGUUUUUGGGUAGUCUUCGAGGAUAUUGAUAAAGCACCAUCUGACAUUAUGGCAAUCUUAUUGCCAUUGUUGGAGGGUGCAAUUACAUUCUCCACAGGCCAUGGGGAGGCAGUAAGAGUGAAUGAGAGUUUUCGGCUUUUUUCUACUGUGACCAGCUUGAAUUCAGAUGCAUCUCGUUUUACUGAAGGUAGGAAUUCACUCGGUGCUGUUUGGCGGAAGGUGAUGAUUGGCCCACCCAGUAAACAGGACUUGCAACAUAUUGUGCUGGAGUGGUAUCCACAGUUGGAGUAUCUUGCACAAAAUCUUAUAGAAACCUUUGAAAGAGCGAACCAGCUUAUAAGAUCCCAGUUAGGAUUAGCAGCAUCUUCAAGUUAUCACGACAGAUUUACACUAAGGGAUCUUCUCAAAUUGUGCAAAAGAGUUGCAAUUUCAGGCGUUUGUUUCGGACAGGACAAUCUUUCUACUUCUGCAUGCGAGAAUAUCUGUAAAGAGGCCAUAGAUGUAUUUUCAUCCUUUUCUACUUCUGCUGGAAAUCGCUUGGCUAUCAUGAGAGAGAUUGCAAAAUUGUGGACUGUUCCAGCAGCUGAAACAUUGUAUCCCAUUAACAAGCCCAUUAUGAAGGAAUUGAAGUUUGAGCUUCAAGUAGGACGUGCUAGCCUUCAACAUGCUGAAGUGAAUUCCAAUCGUGGGAGGAAGCCAUUUGUUUUACUUCGUGCUUCAGUACAUGCUCUUGAGAGGAUUGCUUGUUCUGUUAAGUUUAAUGAGCCUGUGUUGUUAGUUGGUGAAACGGGUACUGGUAAGACCACUCUUGUACAGACCCUUGCAACGUUGGUCGGUCAGAAACUUACAGUUUUGAACUUGAGUCAGCAAAGUGAUGCUGCUGACCUAUUAGGUGGAUUCAAACCCAUGGAUGCACGGUUUGUUUGUGCUCCACUUUAUCAAGAGUUCGAAAAUCUAUUCACAAGUACCUUUUCGUCAAAGGACAAUGAAAGAUUCCUUGUAGAUUUAAGGAAAUCUCUUGCAGUAAAGAAUUGGAAAAGGUUAUUAGGUGGGUUUCAGAGAGGCCUCCAGAAGAUAGUCGAAAUAGGAAAAUCCAGUCCUAGUAAGAAGCGAAAGAGACCCUUAAGCCCUGACCUACUGAAGGCUUGGGAAAACUUCUCAAAGAAACUUGAAAGAGCUCAUUCACAAGUCAAUGCAUCGGAUGGGAUGGUAUUUUCAUUUGUCGAAGGAGCUUUUAUCACUGCCCUGAAAAAUGGCGAAUGGAUAUUGCUAGAUGAAGUCAAUUUGGCUCCUCCAGAGAUCUUGCAGCGAGUUAUUGGGGUCCUUGAAGAUGAGAGAGGGUCAAUAUGCUUGGCUGAAAGAGGGGAUAUUGACUAUGUUAGCAGGCAUCCGAACUUUCGCAUGUUUGCAUGCAUGAACCCUGCAACCGAUGCUGGUAAAAGGGACUUGCCAAUUUCUUUGAGGAGCAGAUUUACGGAAUACUUUGUUGAUGACGUGUUGAAUGACGAGGACUUGGUUUUGUUCAUUGAUCAGUUUAUUGAUGAUGACCCAAUGUUCAGAAGAAUAAUAAGUAAUAUAGUGCAGUUUUAUAAGGCAGCAAAGGAAUCUGAAGAAAGACUGCAGGAUGGGGCUAACCAGAGGCCUCAUUAUAGUUUACGGUCUCUGUACCGGGCAUUGGAAUAUUUGAAGAAGGCGAAAAAGAGAUUCGGAUUCGAAAGAUCUCUUUAUGAUGGAUUUUGUAUGUUCUUCCUGAAUUCAUUGGACGACGUUAGCGCAAAGUUCAUGAACAAUCUAAUCUGCAAACUUUUGUUGGGAGGUGGAACACCUCCACCACUCUCUUUUGAUUCGUACCUAUUGAAAGGCAACCCCAAAGAUGAUAGUAUCUUAGAGAGCUAUGUCCUGACAAAGAGUGUCAAGGAGCAUCUUAAAAACCUCGCACGUGCGAUUUUUAUUGGACGAUAUCCUGUCUUGUUGCAGGGACCCACCUCUAGUGGGAAGACUAGUCUCGUCAGGUAUCUUGCGGCAAUAACUGGUCACGAAUUUGUAAGAAUCAAUAAUCACGAGCAUACUGAUCUCCAGGAGUACCUUGGUUCUUACAUUACUGAUUCGAGUGGAAAGCUCGUUUUCCACGAGGGGGCACUCGUGAAAGCUGUUCGAAAAGGCCAUUGGGUUGUUCUUGAUGAACUGAACUUGGCUCCGUCAGACGUGCUUGAAGCAUUGAAUAGAUUGCUUGACGAUAAUAGGGAGCUUUUCGUUCCUGAAUUACGGGAAACAAUUCGUGCUCAUCCAGAUUUUAUGUUGUUUGCCACCCAAAAUCCACCUGUCGUUUAUGCUGGUCGCAAGAUGCUCUCUCGAGCAUUCCGCAAUCGUUUUGUGGAGAUUCAUGUGGACGAAAUCCCCCAAGAGGAGUUGAGCACAAUUUUGGAAAUGAGGUGCAAAAUUCCUGGAAGUUACGCGAAGAAAAUGGUUGAUGUCAUGAAGGAGUUGCAAAUGCACAGGCAGAGUAGUAAGAUAUUUGCUGGAAAACAUGGUUUUAUUACGCCACGCGACUUGUUUAGGUGGGCUGAGCGGUUUAGGACAUUUGGUAACUCCUAUGAAGAUCUAGGUUAUGAUGGUUACUAUUUAAUGGCUGAAAGGCUGCGUGAUGACACUGAGAAGCAAAUUGUCAAAGAGGUUCUGGAGAGACAACUAAGGAUCAAGUUUUCUGCUGAUGACUUAUACAAACAGGAAAGCAAAGUUGGAGAGCCAGAUAAAUUUACAUUGAGCCCAGGAAGCGUUGGGAAAGUGAUUUGGACAAAUACUCUGCAGAGAAUGUACUUUCUGGUCGAGCGGUGUUAUAAGAUGCGUGAGCCUGUCCUCCUUGUUGGAGAAACUGGUGGAGGGAAAACAACUGGCUUUUUUCCUGUUCGUGAUAGAUCGAAAAUUGGCAAAGACUUUGAAAAUCUUUGUGAGAAGUUGACCCAGUCGAAGGCUCUUAUCCACUUCCCCAGAGAUGCUAAAAUUUCAGUCGACAUCAAUCAGGCAUCUUCUACUGUUACUAUGCUCUCCAAUAUUAUCAAGAGUUACAGAGAGCAUUCCGUUUCCCAUCCAGAAGUCGGUCUGAAUGAACUUGAAUAUUUAGAAAAAGUAUACCUGGAUUUGUGUCAGCUUCAAAAGAAGUGGCAGACUCUUUUUAUGUGGCAAGAUGGUCCACUUGUUGAAGCCAUGAAAAAUGGCGACUUGUUUCUUGUGGAUGAGGUCUCUUUAGCUGAUGACAGUGUUCUUGAAAGAUUGAACAGUGUUUUGGAACCGGAAAGGAAACUGUCAUUGGCUGAGAAAGGAGGCUCUCAACUUGAGAACAUAAUGGCUCAUAGCAAUUUUUUCCUCUUGGCCACAAUGAAUCCUGGUGGAGAUUAUGGUAAGAAAGAACUUUCCCCUGCCCUUCGCAAUCGGUUUACAGAGAUAUGGGUUCCUUCUGUUGGUGACAUAAAUGAGCUUAAAAGUAUUGCUCUGGAGAGAGUUUCAAACUCAGAAAUUGCUCACGUUAUAGAUGCCAUGCUAGAUUUUUGGGAGUGGUUCAAUAUUUUACAGACAGGAAGACUGCUUACCAUAAGAGAUCUCUUGUCUUGGGUAUCCUUCAUCAACACAACGGACAGAAGAUUAGGGGCUGAAUCUGCAUUUGUACAUGGGGCAUUCCUUGUUUUGCUUGAUGGCCUUAGCUUAGGUACAAAUAUAUCAAAAACUGAAGCAGCAGAGAUGAGGCUAAGAUGUCUUUCUUUCCUGCUGGGGAAACUCAAGUCUGUUUUCUGUGCAAUUGUCUGGAAAUAUGUUCUGUUCUGCACUUCUGAACACAAGCCAAGCUUUGAUUCUUCUAAUCUUGAAGGACUAGCGUCUUAUGGUUGGUCUGAUCCUGGAAGUUUGGCAGUUCUAGAUCCUGCUGAUAACAUGGAGUGUGACAAUCUCUUUGGGAUUCAUCCAUUCUAUAUUGAGAAAGGUAGCGACUGUAUUGGUGGAGAUGGUUUUGAAUUUCGGGCCCCUACCACUUGCAGGAAUACGUUGAGGGUGCUGCGUGCAAUGCAGCUUAAUAGGCCUGUGUUGUUGGAAGGAAGUCCGGGUGUUGGGAAAACAAGUUUAGUCGCUGCAAUUGGAAGAUCCUCUGGACACACAGUUGUACGAAUUAACUUAUCUGAGCAGACGGAUAUCAUGGAUUUGUUGGGAUCAGACUUGCCGGUUGAAAGUGAUGAAGGAAUACAGUUUGCUUGGUCUGAUGGUAUCCUACUUCAGGCUUUAAAGAAGGGUUCAUGGGUUCUGCUGGAUGAACUUAACCUUGCACCGCAAUCUGUUUUGGAGGGUUUAAAUGCCAUUUUGGACCAUCGAGCUGAAGUUUUCAUUCCUGAGCUGGGCCGUUCUUUCAAGUGUCCAUCAUCUUUCAGAGUUUUUGCAUGCCAGAAUCCAACCUAUCAAGGUGGUGGUCGGAAAGGCCUUCCCAAGUCCUUCCUCAAUAGAUUUACUAAGGUCUACAUUGAUGAGCUAGUAGAUGAAGACUAUCUUUCUAUAUGUAGCUUCCAAUUCCCAUCAAUUGAAAAAUCUCUCUUGAUGAAGUUGGUCGUGUUCAAUAAGAGGUUACACCAGGAUACUAUGGUGCAUCACAAAUUUGGUCAGGAUGGUUCUCCCUGGGAGUUUAAUCUUCGUGACGUUAUCCGUUCUUGCCAGAUCAUCCAAGAUGCUUCCCGAAAGUCAAAUCCUGACUGUUUCUUAAGCUCUAUUUACCUGCAAAGGAUGCGUACCUUGGCCGAUAGGAAUGAAGUGCUGAAACUGUAUGAAGAAAUCUUUGGAGUGAAGCCAUUUGUAAAUCCGUACCCUAGAGUGAAGCUCAAUCCCGACUCAAUGGUUGUUGGUGAUGUAUGUAUUGAUAGGCAUCUAUGUCAGUCUUCUGGUAUGUCCAGUGAUAACCUCAAAAUCCUGCCUGGCUUACGCCAUUGCUUAGAAGCUGUUAGUCAGUGUGUAAAGCACCAGUGGUUGUGCAUAUUGGUUGGUCCUCCAUCUUCUGGGAAGACAUCUUUGGUAAGAUUGCUAGCUGAGCUGACUGGAAAUGUACUAAAUGAAUUGAAUCUUUCAUCCGCGACUGAUAUAUCCGAACUUAUUGGAUCAUUUGAGCAAUAUAAUGCCUCCCGUCACUAUCAUCUUGCUAUUGCUCAAGUCGAAAGAUAUAUGAAUGAGUAUGGCAACUUGCAACUGGAAUUUUCUCUCAAUGCCUUUCUCCAAAGGAAGGAUAUUACUUCUCGGUGGCUUGCCUUCUUAUCUGGCAUAAAUAGUUCGGCAACAUUUAUUGAUGACCCAAGGAUGAGAGAUUCCAUUUCACAUCUGGUUGAUAUUAUUGAAAAUCUAAAGCUAGCCAUUGACCAACAAGCAUUGCCUUUGUCUUGGUCCCAGAAGGAUCUUGACCGAACUCUCAUCAUGAUAAGGAAGUUGGAAGAGGAUCAACAAAAACGGAAACACUCUGUGAAAUUUGAAUGGGUAACUGGAUUGCUGAUCAAGGCCAUCGAAAAUGGAGAAUGGAUUGUCCUCGAAAAUGCAAACCUCUGCAAUCCAACGGUUCUGGAUAGGAUUAAUUCUUUGGUUGAGCAAUCUGGAUCUAUUACUAUUAAUGAGUGUGGAACUGUGGAUGGAAACCCGGUGAUUGUUCAUCCCCAUCCUAGAUUUAGAAUGUUUCUCACUGUUAAUCCUAGCUAUGGUGAAGUAUCUCGGGCAAUGCGAAACAGAGGAGUGGAAAUAUAUUUGAUGCAACCGUUAUGUUGUAAUGAUGUGGAUGAGAUUGAGCUCAGAGAAGUGAAGAGAUUCAUUGCCCUCUGUGGAAUUCCUGUGGGUAAGUUGGUUGAUAUGAUGGCAAAAGCCCAUAUUUAUGCUAAACGCGAAGGAUCUUCUCUUGAUGUGAGCAUCACAUAUCUUGAGCUUUCACGCUGGGUGCAGCUAUUUCAACGGCUCAUUCAAAAUGGCAACCAGCCUGCCUGGAGCAUCCAAAUCAGUUGGGAGCAUACAUACCUUUCAUCUUUUGGUGAGGGAAAAGGAAAAGACAUAGUUUCUCGAGCUUCGGUUUCAUUUCUAUCAGCGUCAGAAAUUUAUAGAUUCACUUUGUCAGAAGAUUUCUUGCUAUGUUUACCAGGAGGUUGGCCAGCCCCUCUGAAAUUGAGGAAUUAUGUUUUACACUCGAGAGAGGCUUGUGUUAGACAAAGUAUAAUGUAUUUGGAAUCAACGGGAUCUCUUAUUGCAUCACAUAUGUUUAGAAGAAGUACCUUGAACAGAGGUUCAAAAGGAAAAACUCCUCUGGCAGGAGUCUCGAAGAUGAUUCAUUUAAUGGAUGCUACAUCGUUGCAUAGACUUAUGUAUCCCAAAGAUCCGAAUGGCUUGCUUGAAAACUUUGGUGCCCAAAAUGAUCUGGAUUUGGUUUUAGCCCAGAAAAAGCUAGCCUUUGCUGCUGAUUGGGCCAUUGAACAGGCAACUGAAAGUGAUUAUCGGUUCUACAUCUGUUGGUUUGAGUGGUUUGGUUCUCGGUUGCAGCCAUUCUUUUCAUUUUUCAGUGUGUUUUCUGAUAUGCUGAAGAAGGAGCUGCAACAUUCUAUUUGGACAAGAAUAUUUGAGAUACACCAUGAGCUUAUGUCCCAAAAGGCAAUCGAUAAGUCUCUUCCUAUACUCUCAAUGGAAUUGGUUGAUGCAUGCCAGUCUGUUGAUGUUUUAAAUUUAUGUCGUGUCCUAAGAAACUUGAUUACGUGUGUUGGCCUAUUGAGACGUAGCUUUCAACAGUGGAAUGUAGAGGAUGGUUAUGGUCAUCAUUCCAAAACUCAGCCUUUCAUACCUGUUUUGACUUCUCUACGAAGGGUGGAGGGAAAAGUGCUUGACUUGCUUGUUGAAUCAUGUACUUUUGAUGUACUUUUUAAGUCAUACAGUGAUCUCUUUGAACAUCAUACACUGUUUUGGAAUAGUGUCACUUCAUCUCAGAUUGAUCGGCGUCUAAUCUCUUGGCGGUCUUUAAUGAAAGAUGCUAUGAGACUGCAGGGUGUUUGUCCUGCAGAGGCCAAACUACUGAAGGCAAGCUCCUUGGCCAAUUACUAUUGUAUUGAGAUGGAAAAACUGGAUGGCAGCUUAUCUUUGUGUUUGAACUCAAGCAAGUCUUUGCUCUGGAGAUAUGGUGGACACCCAGUUUUGCCUUCAUCUGUCGACGUAUACCAAAUACAGUGCCGAAUUUUAGACCUUUGUGAAGCGAUAUGGCCGAGGAAAAACAAGUUUAUCAAACUAGAUGAGGAUGAACUGGAUAAACUUACAGUAGAAGCAGCAUUGUUUUCUAACGUGGAGCUACGUGAGAAUGCUAUGGAAGGAGUUUGCGUGUCAUCAUGCAUUGUUGGCAAAGCUGAACAUAGCGACACUGAAAUUAUCCAGCGUUUAGAAGAGAUGUAUCGGUUGCUUUUGAGAAAGUCGGAUUAUGAGAAGCAGAAGUUGGUUCUGAAAUUGUCCACAACUAAAGAUGCACCUCGACCAGCAGUCUGUUCUGCCUGUUGUGUCAUUAGCCCUGAUGUAAUUUGUAGAAGGUCUGGCUUGGAAUGUUGGCUGAAAACUCAACCCGUACUUGAUGAGACAAGCCUCUGUCUUGAUUUGGAGAUGUUGCAACAUCUUACAAAGAUCACUGUGGUCGACAGUAGAGAACAGCAUCAUGCUUUACUCGGGUUGUCGAGCCUCUUGAGGUCAUCUUUGAACUUUUCGUUGUAUUAUUCAUCAAGGCCUCCAACUGACUUUUCACCUCACAAAAACAUUUUGUGGAUCCUAGAUGCCUGGGAAUCAGUCCAUGGAGCAAAUGAAAAAAUUUCUGCUUCUAUUCUGGAUAUGUGGUUUAGAUGGCAUGCAACUCUGUGGGAACCCUGUCCGAUGCUUGCAGAGAUGAUUCCUGAUGAUGAUAUCUUUGGAGUUCUGCUCCCCCACAAGCUCUUUUGGCCUCUGAAAUUGGCAGCAGUCAAGCAGAUUCUGCAAAAUCCGUAUCCCAUUAGAGAUUACCACUUGUAUAAGUACAAGCUUAGAGCUGCUUCUCGUAAUAUUUGGCGAAGUUCUAUAAACAUGUCAAAUUCACACGAUAUGCUUCUCUCUGUUGCACGGUCUCUUUUUCACCAGAUAAUACAUGCCCACAAGAAAUCAUUUGAUGAUUCAAAGUAUGCCAAAAUAAGCUCCGCUCUCCAGCAUAUACAGUCAUCCAGGACAUGGCUACAAGAUGUGAAGGAUGUGGUUUCACUUCUAGCAUCAUCCAACCAUCAUGUAUUCAAAUCUUUGAUAAGUUCUUAUGUUGAGCCGCUGCUUGGUGAACUGUACCCAACACACCCAUCUGAAGAUAUCCAUAACCUUGGGUGUGCAUUGUUGCGGAUUGGAGGGUUACGCUAUAAUCUCUUAGUAUGCUGUGAUGAUCUGGAUCCCACUUUAAAAUACACUGUUAGAUAUUCAGAAUUAUCUGAGACGAUAGCAUUGCUUGAGAUUGAGAUUGAGGUCCGGAAAGAGUGCAUCUAUUUGGCUGGAAAUGCUAAUCAGAGAGAAGCUAAUAUUUACAAGAUAAAUUUGCUAGAAGAACUCAAAGCUGAAAGGAGAAAGCUUCAUAAAAAGAUGGUGUUCCGUCCCAAUCCAGAAAAAUAUAAGGAGUUGAAGCAUAUGUGUGAUGAGUUCCUUGUGUUGGUUAAAUCUAUUGUGGAAUGGACCAAUAAUCUCAAAAGCUUGAGAAUAGAAGACGUUACUGGCCAAGUCCACAAUUGGCAGGAGAUCACUUCACGCUUCAUUGAUCGAUUAGCAAAUGAAUACUCAUCUUACGCAGAUGUCAUUGAACCCGUGCAAGUUUCAGUAUAUGAAAUGAAAUUAGGUUUGUCAUUAAUUGUGUCUGGCCUACUCUAUAAGCACGCGACUAAAACCGGUGAAGAGAAUAUGGAUUCUGUUCUGAGCAUGGUUCAUAAAUUUGUGAGAUUUCCAAGACUUGGUUCAUCUAAAGCUGUUUCGGUUUCUGUUGGGAGGCAACCCUUACUUUUGACCCGUGAUAUUGAAUUGCCGAUGAGUAUUGAUGAAUUAGAUAUGAGUAUGCUGCACAAUGUAAUUGGGUUUAAAAUUGGUGCUGUUUCAGACAAAGAGAAUGUUUCUUGUGCACUGGACUCAACCCUGCCAUCGAAGGUUUCCAUCUACCACAAUGUUCUUGCUCGAAUCAAAUAUUCCGCUGCUGAUGCUGGUUUUCUUGGUGGUUUUUCCUUCAAGCGUGUGCUUGAAAUCUUUGAAGACAUUGCCGAUUUCUGGAUAAAGAAUCGCUCAAAGCCAACUGAUGAGAGCAAUGCUCAGCAGUUCAAGUUCAGAGCCAGAGUUUUUAAGAUGGAGAGUAUCAUUGAUAUUGAUGUAUCAAAUUGUGCGAAUUUACUUGCGAAUGAUAGCUUCUCAGAGUGGCAGGAACUUAUAGCUGAAGAACUAGAUGAGAAGAUAAGAGUCAAUAAAGAAGAUGAUGCUUUGGAUCUUAACUGGAAAGCUGAGGAUUCCGAUUUAGAUGGUAUUGUCAACAUUCACAAUCAGCUAUUUGGUUCUGUGGAUCUUGUUCAAAGACCUGGCAGUAUUCAAGUAUCUGACGUGGAUAGGUUGUCUUCCUUCGUUGGCUCUUAUAAGCUGGGACUGAAAAUGACUGAAGAUCUGAAAGGUUCUUUUUCCUCCACUUUUGAUGCCAAGAUUGCACCAGAACACUUACUCCGUCUUUGCUUGGAGCAUGAUGAUAAGAUCACUCUUUCGCACAAUUCAGCUCGUACCUACAACUUUUACAAGGACUCGAAUUCCCCCAUGAUGGCUAAAUUGGUGGAACCAAUUUCAGUUCUUAAACAGCGAAUUCUUGUCUAUCUGAAAGAAUGGGAUGAUCACCCUUCUCUCCAAAAGAUUAUAGAAGUUAUUGACAUGAUCUUAGCCCUACCUAUCGACACAUCUCUUGCUAAGGCUCUCUCUGCUUUGGAAUUCCUUCUUGAUAGGGUUCGGAUUGUGCAAGAGACUGUAGCAAAGUUUCCUCUCUCGGAGCAAUUGGAAACUAUUUUUGCUUUAGUGUCCUCAUGGCACAAGUUGGAGUUUGAAUCAUGGCCUACAUUGCUUGAUGAUGUUCAAUCUCAGUUUGAGAAUAAUGCUGGAAAACUGUGGUUUCCAUUGUAUCCCAUUUUCCAACAAAUCGAUACUCCCGAUGUUCAUCAACACAGUAGCUCAAUGAUUGAAAGUUUGGAAGAGUUUUUUAAGACGUCCAGCAUCGGAGAAUUUAAAAAGCAACUUCAGUUGCUUCUUUCUUUCCAUGGACAAAUUAGCAAUGAUUUGAUGUGGAAAUCUUGCAGAAGCCCCUGCCAAGAGGAGAACAAGAAAGUACUCUACAACACCUUUGGCUUCUAUGUGCAACUGUUGCCACGAAUCCUGAAACAUAUUGAAACAAAUAGGAGCAGCAUUGAGAAAGAAUUGAAUGAACUUAUGAAGUUGUGUCGUUGGGACCGCAUUGAGAAUUAUUUGGCCAUUGAAAGCUUCAAAAGAACCAGACUCAAGCUAAGGAAGAUUGUAAAGAAGUAUACGGACUUGCUCCAACAACCUCUCAUGGAAUUCCUUGGUCGUGAAACUUCUCGAGGUGGGUUGAAUACCCAUUCCAUUGAAGCCCAAAAGCAAAUUAGUGAUGCUUAUGAGAUCAGCAGGACUCUCCUUCAAGUUGUCUGCAAUCAAACUCAAUCCAAAGCCAAGGACAGCUGUAUAUGGUUUGCUGACUGGUGGAAGAACUUAGAGAGAGCCAGAGAUGUUAUGGUCAGCAUCAAGGAUAGUAUACCUUCGCAAUCUUCUUGCUUUUCUAAUUGGGAUGAGAGAAACCAGUUGUGGCAUACAAUUGAGAACUUAUGCUUGUCCCUAAUUCAUUGUGGUGAGCUCUGGGAAGACACUAGCAAGCGGUUGGGAAAAAGGAGGGCAUUUUCGGACCUUCUAAAGCUCCUUGAUAGUUGUGGAUUGUCCAAGCAUAGGAAAUCUUUGGAGGAUCAAUAUGAAAAGUCAUGGCUUCUUCAGCCAUCCUAUGAAGUGCAGCAUUUGUUGCUGACUCGAAGUGGCAGUUCUUCUCAGAUCAUUGAUGUUGACUUCGAUCAUCUUCAGAGUUCAUCUUGUGAACUCAUAUGGAAAACAGCGAAUAAGUUCUACUUUAAGAGCAUUGCAUCCGUCAAAUCUCUGGAGAAAAUAUGCCUGAAUUUUCACAAAGAUUUUAGUCUCGUACAGGUUCAAAGGUCAGGUUCUUACGUUGAUCAUCUCAUAGAGAUACAACAAGAACAAAGAGCUAUUGCAUACAGUUUUGCGGACAAACUUAAAUGCUUGAGACAGUACAUAUGGCCUUUAUCAAAUUUGUUCAGUUCCAUUAACUUGGCUAGUCAAACUAAUUGUGAUGCCCAUUUAAGCAAGAACCAACAUGUCACUUUCAAUUGCAUGUGGCAACAAAAGCAAAUCUUUGAUGCUUUCUGCUCUCUGCUUUAUGAAGAACAUCUGAUGCUACAAAAAGUUGAGAAAAAUCAUCUUGAUUCUUGUUCUGAUGUCAAAGACAGUGUAAAAGAACUCUGUCUAUUCAUUCAUAAAACCCUUCCUGACUUUCAGAAAUCUAAGAGUUUGCUAGAUAACUAUCUUCUUGGGAGUUAUGAAGAUAAUACCAUGAUAAGAAUUGUACUUCAUCCUUAUGGGGUUACAAAAGAAAUGGAACAGUUGGCGAAUGAUAAUUUUGAGCUGAUUAAAUCAUUCGAAAAGGAUCUCUCUGCUUUCCGUGUGCCUCACGACCAGCUAGGAGCUGUUACGAGUAUCUUGCUUGAACAUUUUAAGGACUUGUUUGCGAAAGCUCGUAAUGCUGAAGUGGUGUAUUCUUCAGAGGCAAGGAAGUUCUCAAAUAGUGGGAAAAAUCUAAUUCAACUCGAGCAUGAUUUCAACAUCGUCCUUAAGGAAACGUACCAGCACAUCCUCGGCGCAUUUGAGAAUGUUCAAUCUUGGAGUUACGAUUUUACUCUGACUGAGGAAACAUUAAAUAAUGUGAACCAGUGGAAAAUUCUAUUCGAGAAGGAUGUGGAGCGCUUACAGCUAGACCUCAUUUGUGAAGAUGUGCUCAAAAUUAUCCAAUCUGCUGUAUCUAAAGUGACCUACGCGCUUGCAAAUAUUUUGGCUUCAUUAUUUGCCAAAGGGUUUGGUAUUACCGAGGAGCAAGAAAAUGAGAGCGGGAAAGAGAAGACUGAAGAGGCACACGGCACUGGUAUGGGUGAAGGUGUCGGUUUGAAUGAUGUCAGUGAACAAAUAGAAGAUGAAGAUCAGCUCCUCGGAACAGAUGAUAAGCCAAACGAAGAGCACGAUGCUAACAUCCCGAGUAAAAACGAGAAAGGGAUCGAGAUGGAAGAGGAUUUUGGCGGUGACACGUUCAGUGUCAGUGAGGACUCCGAAGAAGAUGAAAAUGACGAUGAAGAUGAUCCGCAGCUGGACUCUGCCAUGGGCGAAAUAGGCGAUGAGAAUAAUAACACAGUCAGUGAGAAAAUCAGGGACCCACAUGAUGACGACGAGAACAAAAACUCGAACGAGAAGUACGAAAGCGGGCCCCCUGUAAAGGAAGCCUCGUCGAAAGAGGAUGAAUUCCGGGCCAAGGAAGAUUCUGCUGUGGAUGAAGGUUCCGGAAGAGAUUUAGAGGCAAACGAGUCCAACGAGCCGCAAAAGGACAGUAAUGGUGAUGAUGCAGAUGAAGAAAAUCAUUCUGGAGAGGAGGAGGAUAUGAAAUUGGACAAGGAUGAUGCGUUUGCGGACCCCACAGGAAUUGAUCCGGAGGAUCUCAGUGAAAAGCCCAGUCAAGAGGAAGAAGGCGUGGAUGGAUUGGAGAAUGACGAUCCUAUGGAAGAUGAUGACGAAUCUGUAAAUCUGGACGGUUCAGAUUUGAAGGACGGUGAGGAAAGGGAAGAUGAGCUUCUAGAAGACGAGCCAGAUGGAGAGAGUGGUGAGCAGACGGCAAAUGCAAAUGCAGAUGAGAGUUGCGUAGAAAAUGAUGAGGGUACUGAAUUCAAGUUGCCCAAACGAGAUUCAGUGCAGCCUACGCCCGACGAAAAUAAUAAUAAUAAUAAUAAUGCUAAUUCUGGGGGGCAGUCCGUGUUAGCCGAAACGGCCGAUUUAGGAGAAUUUGGGCCGUCGGACUAUAAAAAUCAGAAUUCUGGAGAAAAAAGGGAGGAUCUUGCUCAGACGAGCGGCCAGCCGAACGCCUCUGCUCUUGAAGUGAGAGUUGCCGAUUCGAGAAGUGGGACAAAUUUGAGCGACGAGCAGUCGAGAGCUUCUUUACCUAAUUCGGAAUCUCUUAAUAAUAAUCAGAAAGCUCAGCCGAACCCUUUUCGCAGUGUGGGUGAUGCCUUGGAUGGGUGGAAAGAGAGAAUCAAAGUCUCGGUUGACCUCGAAGAACGAAUGGACGAUUCAAAUGAUAUGGCGGAGGAGAAUGCGGACGAGUAUGGCUACACGGCUGAUUUCAAGGAGGGAACUGCACAGGCACUUGGGCCUGCAACGGCCGAACAAAUCAAUGGAGAUUUUGCUCAAAACGAUGCCGAGAGAGAUAAUGGGAAUAAUACUGAGAGAGAUCCCACUGUCGAGACUGAGAUUGAGAAGAAUGGUUCCGAAUCUGGUCCGAUCAGAAAUUUGGCCCCUGAUAGAGUAAAUGAUGAUGUUAUGCAGAAGCAGAUGGUGUCGGAUUUGGAUAAGCAGUCGGGAGAGGCUAUGGAAAUCGAUGGUGAUGAUAAUCACGAGGAUAUGAGUAACUUGUCCGAGAAUAGUGUGGUCUUGAAAAGAUCGUACAUGAGUGAGAUUUUACAUAAAUAUAGCGAGUUCUCGAUGGAUGAAGAUGAUGGGCUGGGGAAAGCGCGUGGAUUUGAGAUGUCUGUUGAUAAGAGGGAAGAUGCUGUUGCUAUAUGGAGAAGAUAUGAGAAGCGUACAACAAGAUUGUCUCAGGAGUUAGCAGAACAGUUGCGGCUAGUCAUGGAACCCACUCUAGCUAGCAAACUACAAGGCGAUUAUAAGACUGGUAAAAGGAUUAAUAUGAAGAAGGUGAUUCCAUAUGUUGCAAGCCAUUAUCGGAAAGACAAAAUAUGGCUGAGGCGAACCAAGCCCAGCAAACGUGAUUAUCAGGUCGUAAUAGCCGUGGAUGAUUCCCGAAGCAUGUCUGAAGGGCGUUGUGGGGAUUUUGCAGUUGAAGCACUUGUUACUGUCUGUCGUGCAAUGUCCCAACUCGAGGUGGGGAAUUUGGCCGUCGCGAGUUUCGGGCAGCAGGGUAACAUAAGACUACUUCACGAUUUCGACAAGCCUUUCACUCCCGAAUCUGGUAUUGAGAUGGUUUCGAGUUUAACCUUUAAGCAAGAGAACACAAUAGCAGACGAGCCAAUGGUUGACCUUCUGAAAUAUCUGAACAACAUGAUGGAUACUGCAGUAAUGCAGGCAAGGUUGCCAUCUGGGUACAACCCUCUACAGCAGCUUGUUCUCAUUAUAGCAGAUGGCCGUUUUAACGAGAAAGAAAAAUUGAAACGGUACGUGAGAGAUAUCCUGAGCAAGAAGCGCAUGGUUGCUUUCCUUCUCCUUGAUAGCCCGAACGAGUCCAUUAUGGAUUUCAUGGAAGCUACGGUUCAAGGGAAAGACAUUAAGUUUUGUAAAUAUCUCGACUCUUUCCCAUUCCCUUACUACGUUGUCCUGAAGAAUAUCGAAGCACUUCCAAGAACACUAGCGGAUCUUUUGAGACAGUUGCCUACGUAUCCCUUACUUCGGGAAUCAAAGUCCUCGUAG